GGAGAGAAGCGCGCGGCCCUUUCCCUCCGACAACACAGGAUGCGAACGGGCGGCGGUGAAUCCACGAGACGUUUCUGUUCGCCACAGCCGUUACCGUUUCUCGCAACAUCCGAGUGAGAAGCACCGAGCGAGCACCGGGGAACCUCCGCCUAUCCAGCACCGACCGAACCCGCCCUGUGGCUGGCACCGACUCACCUCCGUGGAAGAAAUCUAAUCCGCUGUGGGCGCUGCGCGGCAACCGAAACUGUCCGAGUGAAGAGCGAGGCUGCCGGGGGACGGAAUGGAGCUCAUCACUAUCCUCGAGAAAACCGUCUCUCCAGAUCGGAAUGAACUGGAGGCGGCACAGAAGUUUCUGGAGCAGGCGGCGAUAGAGAACCUGCCCACGUUCCUGGUGGAGCUGUCCAAGGUUCUGGCGAACCCGGGGAACACUCAGGUGGCUCGAGUGGCUGCAGGUCUGCAGGUGAAGAACUCUCUGACCUCCAAAGACCCGGACGUGAAGACUCAGUACCAGCAGCGAUGGCUGGCCAUCGACGCCAACGCUCGCCGCGAGAUAAAGAACUAUGUUCUACAGACUUUGGGUACGGAGACAUACCGGCCCAGCUCGGCCUCGCAGUGCGUCGCCGGCAUCGCAUGCGCCGAGAUCCCCGUCAACCAGUGGCCCGAACUGAUCCCUCAGCUGGUAGCCAACGUCACGGACCCGUCCAGCACCGAGCACAUGAAGGAGUCCACGCUGGAGGCCAUUGGAUACAUCUGCCAGGACAUUGACCCGGAGCAGCUGCAGGAAAACGCCAACCAGAUCCUGACUGCCAUCAUCCAGGGCAUGAGGAAGGAGGAACCAAGCAACAACGUGAAGCUGGCGGCGACCAACGCUCUGCUCAACUCGCUGGAGUUCACCAAAGCCAACUUCGACAAGGAGACGGAGAGACACUUCAUCAUGCAGGUGGUUUGUGAAGCGACACAGUGUCCCGACACCAGAGUGCGCGUGGCGGCUUUACAGAACCUGGUGAAGAUCAUGUCUCUGUAUUAUCAGUACAUGGAGACGUACAUGGGACCUGCUCUGUUCGCGAUCACCAUUGAGGCGAUGAAGAGCGACAUCGAUGAGGUGGCCUUACAGGGCAUCGAGUUCUGGUCCAACGUCUGUGACGAGGAGAUGGACCUGGCCAUCGAGGCCUCAGAGGCCUCGGAGCAGGGACGCCCUCCAGAGCACACCAGCAAAUUCUAUGCAAAAGGGGCCCUGCAGUACCUGGUCCCCAUCCUGACCCAGACCCUCGCUAAACAGGAUGAGAACGACGACGAUGACGACUGGAACCCCUGUAAGGCGGCUGGAGUCUGUCUGAUGCUGUUGGCCACCUGCUGCGAGGACGACGUGGUUCCUCACGUUCUGCCCUUCAUCAAAGAACACAUCAAAAACCCCGACUGGCGCUACAGAGACGCCUCCGUCAUGGCCUUCGGAUCCAUCCUGGAAGGACCAGAGCUGAACCAGCUCAAACCGCUCGUCAUACAGGCCAUGCCCACCCUGAUUGAGCUGAUGAAGGACCCCUCAGUGGUGGUCCGGGACACCACAGCCUGGACUGUUGGGAGGAUCUGUGAGCUGCUGCCCGAAGCCGCCAUCAACGAGGUUUACUUGGCGCCCCUGCUGCAGUGUCUGAUAGAGGGUCUGGGGGCGGAGCCAAGGGUGGCGUCCAACGUCUGCUGGGCGUUCUCGUCUCUGGCCGAGGCGGCAUAUGAAGCGACGGACGCUGCAGAGGACCAGGAGGAGCCCAGCACCUACUGCCUGUCCUCGUCCUUCGAGAUCAUCGUCCAGAAGCUGCUGGAGACCACAGACAGGCCUGAUGGUCACCAGAACAACCUGCGUUCAGCUGCCUACGAGGCUCUGAUGGAGAUCGUGAAGAACAGCGCUAAGGACUGUUACCCUGCAGUCCAGAAGACCACGCUGGUGAUCAUGGAGAGGCUGCAGCAGGUCCUGCAGAUGGAGUCUCACAUCCAGAGCACCUCGGACCGAAUCCAGUUCAAUGAUCUGCAGUCACUGCUGUGUGCCACGCUACAGAACGUUCUCCGUAAGGUGCAGCAUCAGGACGCCCUGCAGAUCUCAGACGUGGUGAUGGCGUCUCUCCUGAGGAUGUUUCAGAGCACCGCCGGCUCUGGAGGCGUCCAGGAGGACGCUCUGAUGGCCGUGUCCACGCUGGUCGAAGUUCUGGGCAGCGACUUCCAGAAAUACAUGGAUGCCUUCAAGCCUUUCCUGGCUAUCGGACUGAAGAACUACGCUGAGUAUCAGGUGUGUCUGGCGGCGGUGGGGCUGGUGUGUGACCUGUGCAGAGCUCUGAUGUCCAACAUCCUGCCUUACUGUGACGAGAUCAUGCAGCUACUGCUGGAGAACCUUGGGAAUGAAAAUGUUCAUCGGUCGGUGAAGCCUCAGAUCCUCUCGGCGUUCGGCGACAUCGCUCUGGCCAUCGGAGGAGAGUUUAAGAAAUAUCUGGACAUCGUGUUGGACACUCUGCAGCAGGCGUCUCAGGCUCAGGUUGACAAGACGGACUACGACAUGGUGGAUUACCUGAACGAACUGAGGGAGGGCUGCCUGGAGGCCUACACCGGCAUCAUCCAGGGCCUGAAGGGCGACCAGGAGAACGUCCACCCCGACGUGAUGCUGGUCCAGCCUCGGGUGGAGUUCAUCCUCUCCUUCAUCCAUCACAUUGCAGAGGAUGAGGAUCACUCUGACGGCGUUGUGGCCAACGCUGCCGGCCUCAUCGGCGACCUGUGCACGGCGUUCGGUAAAGACGUCAUGAAGCUGGUGGAGGUUCGUCCUCUCAUCAACGACCUGCUGACGGAGGGACGACGCUCCAAAACCACCAAGACCAAGACGCUGGCGACCUGGGCCACCAAGGAGCUCCGCAAGCUCAAGAGCCAGGCCUGAUUGAUUGGUCGGGGCAGGGACCUUUGGUAGACAUCAGUGAACAAUGAGGAGAAUCUCUUCCUGGAUUUGACUCUUCUGUGUCGAAUCGUGUCGCAGCAGGAAGUGACAUGAUGAUGAUGAUGAUGAUGAUGAGUGUCUGUGUGAGCGAGAGAGACGUGUGAGCGAGCGAGAUGAUGACAUCACACCACCUUCAGUUCCAGCCGGCGCCCCACUCCACCCCCAGCUCCCCCUUAAGGUAACCCCGCCCCCUCCUUGGAGCCCCUCCCCCUCCUAUCGCCGUGUCGCCGGGCUCUUCUACGACAUCACGACGUCACCGACCCGCUGCCGCCGCCCCCCCACGCCGGGGGAGGGGGGGGAGGAGGGGCCUUUAGUGAAGCUGAACCUUCGUGGACUUCUUCUUCUGUGGAAAUUUUUGUUGCUCUUACUUUUCUUCUUCUUCUGAGCACUAAAUCGGCGGCGGAGUCUCGGCGGUCGGACGCCUCGGUGGCUCUGAUCAGACAGCAGCAGCACUAAAUUAGACAAACCUUCAUCAGAAUGCUGAGCGGAGCGAGUGCCAAAUGGAAAUAGUUUAGCAACGCUGAAAAGCCGGUGGCGAGCGGCGAGCUGCUGCAGUUUUUGUUUGGGAAAGGGUCACUCACCAUUUUUGCUUGUUUAAAAGAUUUCAGAGAAUUGAAGACGUUUGUAUAAGGUUAUAUUUUUCCAUUGCUAUGAUGAAAGUACAAUUUAAAAACAAUAAAAUGAUAUGAAACAUUC